CUCGCGACCAAGUUGAGAUUCUUUUAGCUUUCAAGAAUGAGUUUCCAUCCCGCAACUGCGAUCGCAAAUUGGCCGAUGGGGUCUUACAAUCCCCUAGUGCAAAUAUAACCUCUUGGACCAAAGAUGCCAACUCCUUUGAUGGUGUUUCUUUUGAUGAAAAAACCGGUGCCGUGACAGAGCUCAACCUUCGUGGUGCAUGUAUCAAUGGCACCAUCAAGGCUAAUAGUAACCUCUUCAGAUUCCAACACCUCAGGAGCUAACCUUGUCGAGCUGAAACAUCACCGAGUUCCCCACCUUUAUUAAGACCUUACGGAGCUUGCAGAAAUUAGACCUUACGGAGCUUGCAGAAAUUAGACCUUUCCAAAAAUAGAAUUGUAGGAAAAGCGCCUUCCUUGCGCUACAAUUCUUUCCUUUCAAACGCCUUUCAUGGAUCGUUCCCAAUGAUUCCACCCACCAUGCAGACCAUUUACGCAUCGAAUAAUCAUUUCACAGGAGACAUACCUCUUUCAUUGUGCAACGCAAGUGGACUUGGUCGCCUUGAUCUAUCGAACAACAAUUUCAGUGGUUCCAUUCCCCGUUGCUUGAUAAGCAAGUCACUGGGAACGUUGAAACUUCAUAACAAUAACCUUAUUGGUACACUUCCCUACAUAGAAAAAAGUGGGUUACAAAUACUUGAUGUUGGCCACAAUCAAAUCAGUGGGAAGCUUCCGAGGUCUCUAGUCAAUUGCACAAGCCUGAUGUUUCUUAACGUGGAGAACAAUAGAAUCAAUGACACCUUCCCUUUCUGGCUGAAGGCUUUGCCCGAUCUGCAAAUCAUUGUUCUGAGAUCAAACAGAUUCCACGGUCUCAUUUCUUCUCCUAGAAGCCAUCAUCCAUUCCCGGCGCUGCGGAUACUUGACAUAUCCCAUAACAACUUUUACGGGAGUUUGCCAGGAAAUUACUUUGCUAAUUGGAGUUCACCUUUGCUUAAGAUCCCUAGAGCUGAUUAUCCCUGGCUUAAGUACACAGGAGAACAGCACUCUACGUAUACCCCGGAGUAUUACCCUUCCAUUUAUAUGAGAAACAAAGGAUUAAAUAUGGAGCUGGAAAAGAUCCCAGAGGCAUUCACAGCAAUUGCUAUCUCUGGGAACAGGCUUGGAGGGGAGAUUCCAGAAUCCGUAGGUCUCUUGAAGUCGUUGAUUAUGUUGGAUUUAUCUAACAACAGUUUCACAGGUCAUCUUCCAUCGUCUUUGGCCAACCUCAAACAACUUGAGUCACUUGAUCUUUCUCAAAACCAACUUUCUGGAGAAAUUCCUCAGGAGCUAAGAGUCCUCACCUUCUUGGCUUACCUUAACGUUUCGCAUAACAAACUCACUGGCCAAAUACCGCAGAGUACACAGAUUGUAGGGCAACCUAAAGCCUCCUUUGAAGGGAAUAUGGGUCUUUGUGGUCUUCCUCUUCAAGAAUCUUGCUUCAGGGACAAUGUACCAACAUCAACACCGCAGACGCCAGAAAAAGUGUUGAACUGGGAAGCAGCAGCAAUAGGCUAUGGACCCGGAGUGUUGUUUGGACUAGCAAUCGGACAAGCCCUUGCUUUAUACAAACCAAUGCUGUUCUAUAAGUUGUUUCGCCUUUAAUAAACGAACAACACAACUUUUGUAUUUUUUUUUUCCAGCUAUAUAUUUUUGUGGAAGAAGUUUGAAAGUGACCUGUCAAGGGGUGGGUAGACUUCGUUACCGGUGUUAUUCUCCACAUGCACCUCUACUAAUUUGCAAGAUGGGGUUCCAACA